AUGUCUGAUCAAAAAAGAUCACAGGUGAUUAUUGAAAACCUUAUUGGGGAUGGCCUAAAUGGCUUUCGCAACAGAUUCAAGUCAAUCUGUGGAGACGAUGUCGAUCAGCUUACACAGGAGGUUAUGCAAUCUCUCGCGGUCGCCCUCGUGUCAGCCCUUGAGGGUCUUCCCGCUGCUGGUCUUCAGCUGUCCAAGUCGGGAGGAACUCUUCAACGGGGUCUGCUUCAACUUAUCCUAUCGGGUCAUUUCGACCUUGAUCGAAUCAAACCACUUUUCAAAGCAUCUCUUGUGGAGACCUCAACAGAUGAAGAGAUAUGGAAUCUUGUGGACGUGGCCGUAACGGAAUCUACGCCGCCCCCUCGAGCGAUUGCCUCCUCCCUCUAA